AUGCAUGAGCCUAUCACCACUCUCUUCUCAUCCCAAUCUACAGAGAAAUCACUUCAAGGAAACAAACCUGAUGAUGAACAUGUCAUGGUUUUGUUUGCUGAUAUUCAAUUCAACCUAGAAGAAGAAGAUAUCCCUGAUGAUUUAAUCAUGUCAGCUUUUCAUUCAAAGAGCUAUGAUAACAAAAUACAGAAGCUUCGUGAUGCCGCUAAGGCUUGUCAUGACCUUUUCAUGGAAUCGCUCAAAGAAAUGAAGGAGUCUCUUGUUGUUAAGGUUGUUGAGAUAAAAUCCUUGAUGACAAAAGAAGUGAAGAAGAUGGAAGACAAUAAUAAGUUGCUACAAGACAAAGUCGAUGUUAUUACUGGUGCCAUCAUUCGUUUGGUCGAAAUCAAUAACGAGUGCACCAAACAGUUGGCAGCCAAGUCUGAAAAGGACGUCAAGGUGUUCGAAACAAUGGAGGAAUUUCUAUAUGGAAUUAAAGAAAAUUUCUCAAAGGUUGGGUCGUUGCCGAGAAAAAAUCAAUAUUUUCUUAUGGCAGCUUAA